CGCCAAUAAAACUAGCAACAACUUGAAGAACAAGAUCGGGCAGAUGCGCGCGUUCACGACGUACGUGCGCGUACCUGAGAAACUGUGACCAAGAUGGCGUCCGUCACCGGAUCUCAUGUCGUAGUUCCCCGCGGUUUCCGUCUGCUGGAGGAACUGGAAGAAGGUCAGAGAGGACAUGGCGAUAGCACUGUUAGUUGGGGCCUUACCAGUGAUGAUGAUAUGACCCUUACUCACUGGACUGCCACCAUCAUUGGCCCCCCUAAGACUGUCUAUGAAAACAGAAUAUACAACCUGAGAAUCGAAUGUGGACCCAAAUAUCCUUAUCAUCCUCCACAUGUACGCUUUGUGAACAAGAUUAACAUGGUUGGAGUACAUGCAUCAAAUGGUGUUGUGGACGUAAAGGCUCUGCCCUCCUUGUACAGAUGGAAACACUCGAGCAAGAUGUGUGAUGUACUCAUGGAGCUCAAACGGCAUAUGACAUCAAAAGAAAACUACAGGCUUUCCCAGCCACCCGAGGGCCAAACAUACAACUGACGCAUCGUCUUCCCUUCUCAGUCAUCCACAUGCACAGAAGCAUGCCUGUACACUUCACAUUCCAUUCCACAAAGUCAACACUGACUAUACCAUUUUAGCUACACAAAUGUCAUUCGGUUCAAGAUCCCAGACGACCAGCUCCCUCUGACAACUGACUGUGGGAGGACAGUAUAAGUGACUUCAGCAGAGAAGACCUGACCCUCCAAUCGCAAUGGGGUUGCGUCAAUGUGUUGUCUUCAAGAUUGUUUAAUGAACAUGUGCAUACUUGUUGGAAUACUCAAUUUUUCAUCAGUAGCACUGGUUUAGGGUUUACCUGGUGAUUUAUAUCAUAGUGCUGUUAAGCAAAUUCCUGAGCAUUGUAUUUAGUUCCAAUUUUUUUUAAUAACUUCACUAUUUUGCUUUUUUCCCCUCAGAACUAGAUUCCCCUUUCCUAAACAGUCUUAAUAACCUCUGUGAAGUUGGCCCCCCAUCAGAUGCAAAUUUAAAGACAAAAUAUAAUUUGUUAGUGCUAGGUUUGUGCUUGUUCGUGUUGAUUUUUUUUUUUUUUCGUUUGUGCUGCUGCCAUUUUUGAGAUACUAACAAUUCAAUCUGAGGUCAACCAGCCCCCCCCCCCAAAUUUGGAUUAAAAAUGGUGUCAUUCGUUUUUGCUGUCAAAAAUUACAUUUGUGCUGCUGUAGCUUUUGAGAUACUAAUUUUGAGUAAUGUCGUCACUUGCAGCUUUCUGUAUCCAACUCCUGGAGCGGAGCAUACCAACUCUCUUAAUAACAGGGGUGUCCCAACAACUAGCGCAAAGAUAUUGAUUACGAGUGAUGACGUGACUCGCAGCCCCCUAUUUAAUGCAAUUCGUUUGUGCUCUGUUUGCGCUAUUUGUUGGGACACCACACUGUUACUGUUAUGAGUUGGAACGCGGCGUCAAAUCGCGACGGUGCGGCUGCGAUUGACGUCGUCACUCGAAAUUAAUAUAUCCAUAUCUAAAACAAUAGCAGCACAAAUGUAGCAUAAACAAAUUGCACUAUUUUGGGUCCGUUUGAAAUAAAUUGGGGGCUUUGUGACAUCACUCGAAAUUAAUAUCUCAAAAAAGAUUGCAGCACAAACAACUCUUUACAGCACAAACAAAGCAUAAACUAUUGACAGAAUUUUUAAUCAAAAUGGGGGGCUGGUUAACUUCAGAUUGACCUAUAAAAGGAUUGCAAAUAUUUUAAAAGCAGCACAAACGGAACAUUUUACAGCACAAACGUAGCACAAACGGUUGACCUUUUUAUAUAUAUUUGCAUCUGAUGGGGGGGCCAACUUCAUGGAGGUGUCUUAAUAUUUUAUUUUAGCCAUGAUGAAAUUCCCAUGUCCUGCAAUCCUGAAGAAGUGAAUUGGUUUUUACAGUUGAUAUUAUUGUUGUUACAUCUGGACAUUUAGUAACUUCUGUAUCAAUUUAAGGACUACAGGCUCACUUUGGAAAACGUGUGUGUGUCAUGGUUUAUAGCGCUUUGUGAUGGUGAUUAAUUCUGAGAAACCUGUGAGUUGGGAGAAGGUUGGGUGGCAGAAAACUGGGUUUGUGUGACAUUUCUCUGGAUUGCCGCUUGAGUCCCCCCCCCCCCCCCCACUUAUUUGGGGGGGAGGGGGGCGGUCUUUUUCCAUUUUGUUUUUUUUUUUGUUAAUGGGCUGAUGUGUGUACCCCCUGAAGUAGUUAACCUUCAUGUGGUCGGUUCUCCCUGAGAAUUGUAUGACUUUGGAUGUUUAUUUUAUAACCAAUUCCAUUUCGGGUGAUGGGACCUAUUGCAUGGUUUUGUUUGAAUUAAAUGUUAUUACUUUUGCA